AUGACUGAAUUGAAGUUUGAAAAGAAAGUGAUAGGAACACAAAUGGAAGAAGAGCGUGCAGCGGUAAGUCUAUUUAUGAACCAGAUAAUCAGGAAGAACAUAAUUUAGAUCAAAAUGAAGAAACCAGAUUACAACUUAGAGACGGUGCUAUGAAUAGGUCUGGUUUAAAAUCAGUAAAUUCUAUACAAGUAGUAAAGCUAAUAGAGAAACAUUUAACUUUUCGAGGGAAUUUUAUGGAUGUAGAGGGUCAAAGAAAGAAGAAUCCACACCUAGUCAGAAACAAGAAGGUGUUUCGAGAUAUUAUGUUGAUCAACAUACUCUGAGGCAAUAUGGACAAGAACUGCCAGAGUUUAGUCAACCCCCUGCAUUUACAGAAAUAUGCCGUCCGCCAGUGAAAGUGUUAGAAGACGAAGUUUGGAGUCAGGAAGCAGAAGCCACAAUAGACACAGAUAUUGGAUCGUUGCAAACAUUGAGAGAUUUAGUGGGAAAUCCAGAAGUGUCUAACCAGCCGAUUGGGCAAGGGAUGUCACAGUUUAAUAAACAGUGUCAACAGUAG